AUGGCUGCGGAUAUUAUUUACGUGCUUGACGCUGAGAACGUCGCGCCCGGGAGGGCGGUCGCGGUCGGGUAUGACUGUACCUACCGUAUCGCAAAUUACUACGCCGAACCCUUCCUCGGUUUUGCGUUUCUUUCGGCCUCUUUGGCUAUGAGCUUUUCAGGUUCUUGUCCGAGGAGCGCAGAUAGGAUCAUCGACGAACAUGUGGGUGCUAUGCGCUUCAACACGACUUCUCCCCGUCUGAUCCCGCAACGGACUUGGCGCCGGCCGGCGAGCUCAGGGCAUUGGUCCUUGCAGAGCGAGCGCUUCCGCCGAUAUCUCACCUCACGGAGGCUGUAA